GCGGCCUCCGUAGGCAACAUGUUAGGGCAGCAGAGAAAGGGCAUAUUUUACUUUAUAUUCCCGUUUAUUUCAUUUCAAACAUUAAAAUCAGCUUAAAAUAUACAGAUAUUUACGGGAAUUAAUUAAAUUAAGUGACACGAAUGCUGUGAAAGCGUUUUGUUAUAUGUUGUUGGAUUAUUUAAUGGUCAUUCAGCGGUCACUGUCAUAAUGGCAUUAGUCAACAUUCGUGUAUGUGGCUUGUGUUGCAUUCGUGUGGGUCUCCGUUCUUACGCCACACAACCUUAUGGCAUGACAGGGGUGCAGCAAGAUGACAGACCUGUGUUUCAAUAUGUAGGUCAGCACAGGAAGCCCAAAGAGAAGGUGUUUGUAUGGGGCUUUAGCUACACGGGCGCUUUAGGAAUCCCCAGUUUUGUGGUGCCAGACAGUGGCAGGAAAAAGCCCAGGAAGCACCAGCUCACACCUUAUCGCCUGGACACCGAACAAAAGAUUUCCUCCGCAGCCUGCGGAUAUGGCUUCACUUUGUUGGCAAGUAAUAGCAGGGACCUGACCAAACUGUGGGGCAUGGGGCUUAACAAAGAUUCCCAGCUGGGCUUCCAGCGGACUCAAAAGGACAGACAUAAAAGUUAUGACUAUGUUCUGGAACCUUCUCCAGUGUCUCUGCCACUGGUCAACCCUCAGGAGACGCGAGUGCUGCAGGUGUCAUGUGGCCGUGCUCACUCCCUGGUACUCACAGAUUCUGAGGGAGUUUUCAGCAUGGGUAAUAAUGCUUAUGGACAGUGUGGCAGACCGAUUGUGGAGGAUGAAGUCUUCAGCGGAAGCCAUCUUGUUCAUAAGAUGGAGGGUUUUGAUAGUCGGGUCAUUCAGGUGGCUUGUGGCCAGGAUCACAGUUUAUUUCUAACAGAGAAAGGUUCAGUUUAUGCCUGCGGGUGGGGGGCUGAUGGACAAACAGGUCUGGGCCAUCACAACAAAUCCUCUUGUCCAGUGCUUGUUGGAGGAGACCUGGCUGGGGUCAAAGUUCAGCAGGUGAUCACAUAUGGAGACUGUAGUUUGGCUGUGUCCACCGAUGGCCAGCUUUAUGGUUGGGGGAACUCGGAGUACCUGCAGCUCGCCUCUGUCACUGAGAUGACACAGAUUAGUUCGCCGCGGCUGCUGCCCCUGAGGUCAGUGGGUCGAGUCAGACAGGCAGCAUGUGGAGGAACACAGGUGGCUGUUCUGAACGAAGAAGGAGAUGUAUUUGUUUGGGGUUUCGGAAUUCUGGGAAAAGGCCCAAAUCUUUCAGAGUCAGCAGUCCCAGAAAGAAUACCUGCCACGUUUUUUGGGAAGUCAGAAUUCAACCCGACAGUAAGGGUCUCGUCCAUUCGCUGCGGUCUCAAUCAUUUUGCAGCCAUCACAGAGCCCGGUGAGCUGUUUGUUUGGGGCAAGAAUGUGAGAGGAUGUCUGGGCAUCGGAAAACACGGUGACCAGUAUUUUCCGUGGAGGGUGACAGUCCCAGGCCGUGUGACCGAUGUUGCCUGUGGCGUUGACCACAUGGUGGCGCUGGUUAAAUCAAUCAUUUGAGUCCGUCAUGUCUGAUUCAGCCAGUCUUCACUGACACAUCCCAGAGACUUCUAAUGAAGUGCCAGCAUGCCAGGUUUUAUUGUUUCUCAGUAUAUCUGGUCCUUGGGUUGACUCAGUAAUGAAUCUUUAAAUCAUUGCAACAAGCAAGCUAAGGGUGUGUUUAAGGUGGAAACUGGACACUUCCUCUGCUGUUUACGCCCUCAGAAGGACUUGAGGGACUUUGGAAUUCUACAUGAACUUUUUUUGUUUGUUAUGGCAAACACUGUUCAUUUAAAUUCACAUUAGUACUGUUUAUGGAACUUUCCUUGUUACAAUACACUAAAUUGUCAAUAGGUAAAAUGACCUUAAACUAUGUGGAUAUGUAUUCAAAUAAACAGAUCAGGCCUUACAAGGUUAUUUUGGCUAAACACCUGGGUGGUGUUACCAAAAUU